AUGACUUCCGUGGACGAGUAUCUUGACAACGCCCUCGAUGGUGACGACAUAUUCCCUUGCAAGGGAUGUGGUGAAAUCCUGGAGGAAGGCAAAGCGUUCGAGCUUGCCGGCCACCGAUGGCAUCUCAACUGCUUUCGCUGCAACACCUGCGGCACGCUGCUCGACUCUGACGCGAAUCUCCUCCUCCUUGGCGACGGCUCCCUCAUCUGCAACAACUGCACCUACAGCUGUAAUGCUUGUGGCAACAAGAUAGAAGACCUUGCCAUCCUGACUGGAGACCAAGCUUUUUGCGCCACCUGUUUUCGCUGCCGAAACUGCAAGCGCAAGAUCGAGAAUCUCCGUUAUGCACGCACAUCCCAGGGUAUCUUCUGCAUGAGCUGUCACGAAUCGCUCAUGGCCCGUCGCAGAAAAAAGCACAAGGCUGCUGCACAGGCCAAAGCUCGAGAAAAAGAAGCGCUGAUCACCGAGAAGUCCCUACCUGCACUCCCGCCAGGUGGACCCGAGACCCCCACCGAGGCGUCUCCUCGCCCACCGCGUGUCCCCUACAACAGCACGUUGAGACAAGAGAGGUCGCCCGAACGGUCGGCAUCAGAUGGAAAAGAUGCUGCCGGCAGAGGUCCUGGCCCAUACGCCCUAUCGCCGCCAACCUACCGCAAGAACCGCAACUCGUCUAUUCUUCAGAACAAUGUCGACGUCAACUCCAGCGAUGGUGACAGCUUUUUCAUCCCAGUCGCUCUGGACCCGAGCCCCGCCCCAUCUGCGCCCCGAUCGAUUUCAGACAACACCGUCGACCUCGCCGACCCCAACGGAAAGACGCGAGACCGGGAAUACUUCACACCUGGUCCGGGUGACAGGAGAGAGUCGCAGGCCUCGACGCCGCACAUCGCUUUCCAAGAAAGGAACCGGACUUCUACCCCCUCCGAGUAUGAUAGCAGCAGCACCACGGCUAAAGACCUACUGGCUCGACAGUCUUCCAAGUCAUCCAGGUCAGAGAAGGGCUUGGCUGCGAGCUCUAUGAGCGCUGGAGAAGAGCUCAAAAAGCCGUCCAACGGACGUGGAGACGAAUUCAAGCUGCAAGAUGCUCCUAAAAGUAAGAGGGCUAUAGCCCAGGCCCGAAACAACACUCAAUCCACCGUCACAUUUGAAAGUGGCACGCCACCAGCACGGCGGGAGAGGCAAGCUACUAUGUCGUCGUCGUCCUCGACGCCUACCUCAAGCACGGGGCGACAGUCGUUGCAGGACACACGCCGGCAACCAAGGCAGGAAGACGAUGUCGAGACGUCGUCACCAGAGUCAUCUGGCUUGGUGACACCCAACAGUCGAGCAAACGUGGGCGACCAGCAAGUUCGGGCAGGCCCAAUUCCUCGCAAGGAACUUCCCACUUCGACGCGCACUGCCAACGGGAAGCCCGUUUUGAGCCCCCUCGGCGAUCUUAUCUCACCUGCAACGGCGCUACCCCCACCCGUGCGUCCAGGGCUUACGGAGACGAAGUUAAGUGACACGUAUAUGCAGCCUCGCGCUCCGCCACAGCCUCCGACAGCAGCCCCGCCCCACCCAGCUGUGAAAGACUCCGGCGCCAGUAAUGCUGUUGCUGCGAACGGUGACGCGACACCUGCAUCUCCUCCUACUGGACCGUCGCCCAAGCUGCCAAGAUGGAGCGCCGGCGGCGACUUUAGCUUGGACGAGGACAUGGCUCGCAUUCUCGGCACGGACGAGUCCUCCUCGUCUAUUCUGCGUCGCGUUUCCAACGCCGUGCGCCAUGGCCGAAACAGCAGCACGGAAUCGAGUAGUGUCAACCAUCACAAUGGCCGCCCGGGCCACAGCCGAAGCCUCAGCGAGACCACACGGGCUACAUCGUCUCCUCGGUGGCCGAAGACGCCCAUUACGGAGAACGUUAUUGUGGAUGUUCAUGCGCACGACAUUAGCAGCCCGAUUUCUGUUUCUGGCGCUGCUCACGAUGACCCAGCAUUCCUCAAGCGCCAACUGCGAACAUCCGAGCAACGCGUUGCUGAGCUCGAGCGCCAGUUUGGUGCAGAAAAGGAUCUGAAGUCUCUUAACAAGAAGCUGAUGGAGAAGCGGCGCACAGUCUCCGUGCUGGACACGCAAGCGGAGAUCAUGAUUCGCCAGUUGGAAGUACUGGCCGGUUACGUUGAACGGGCCAAGGCAACGAAGCAGCCGAUCGAUGCCAAGGAGUUGGAGGACUCUGCCAUCAAAGACUUUGUGCAAAAGCUUGAUGAGCUGCAGAAGAAUAUGGCGGCUGAGAUCGAGCAGCUGCAUACAGAGCGUGAUGAGCUGGUGGAUGAGAAGAACCAAGCCGUUGCCGACCGUGAUCGCGCACUGCUCGAGUUUGAGCAGCUGUCGUCCAAGAAUGCCCAGCUGGCCGACAUGAACAACGAUCUCACCCACCAGAUCCAGGAACGAUUCAAGUCGCAGAUCACAUCUGAGCAGAUCAAGUCCCCCAGCGGCUUGGGCAUUUACCAAGCUAACAAGGGGCCGUCCAUUUCGUCGGUGAAUCUGGAAACUGCUAGCGUCCAGACGUCGACUGGUGCAACGCUGAUCGGGACAGACGUUGAUGAGACAGUCGUUGAAAACGGUCCAACAGUUGUAAAUAUGCGCAAGGGCCAGGUUCGCAAAUUUAACUGGAAGAAGGGAUCCAAGACCGUGGCGCAAAAUUUCAGCAAAGGUGUCAACCGGGCUGUCGGAGCCUUCCAAAACGAUCGAGAUCGACCUGGCUACCCGGGUUUGUCUGGCGAUAGCAUUGGCCUGCCUUACAACAUGACGGUGGCGUCGGUUGAUUCGCCUCAAGCCUUUGGCCAGCCUUUGCAGCAGGCCAACCGGAUGCCGACUGAGUUUGGUCCUCCCGGCAGCCGUAUGGUCAGCGCAGCGACGGGGCCCACUGUGGUUGUCACCGCUGGUCCCAAUAACGGUGCAUAUGUUGGGGGCCCGAACGGUCCGAACGGUCCGAACGGUGCGGCUAGUUUUGCUUUCUUCAAGAAAUCUGGAAUGCCCAAAUCUGGCACGUCUACAACUUUGGGGAGCUCGGAAGUUGUGGUGGCGGAGGCGCCGAACGUUUUGUUCGGAUCUGAUCUGGUGGAGCGGACGGAGUUCGAGCGACGACACAUCCCGAGCGUAGUAACGCGAUGCAUCGAAGAAGUGGAGCUUCGUGGAAUGGAUGUUGAAGGCAUCUACCGCAAGACGGGCGGCAACUCGCAGGUCAAGGCAAUUCGUGAGGGAUUCGAAAAGCAGGACGACUUUGACAUUUCCGAUCCGGACCUGGACAUCACGGCAGUGACAAGUGUGUUGAAGCAGUACUUCCGAAAGCUGCCGACUCCGCUGCUCACGUACGAUGUGUAUGAUCGCAUCUUAGAGUCUAAUGGGGUCGCGGACACUGAUGAGCGUUGUGCUCACCUUCGAAAGACGAUCAACAUGCUGCCGCAGAAGCACCGCGACUGCCUUGAGUUCCUGAUGUUCCAUCUGGCACGCGUGGCCAACCGAGAGCGGGAGAAUCUGAUGUCGCCAAAGAAUUUGGCAGUGGUGUUUGCUCCGACCAUCAUGCGCGACCACAGCCUGGACAGAGAGAUGACCGACAUGCACUCCAAGAACGUGGCGGUGCAGUUUGUUAUCGAGAACAGCAACAUCAUCUUCUCCGAGGACUGA